UGAAAUGAAAGCGCAUAGAGUUGCACACAGGAAGCUCUGCAGCGACUUCAUCAACUAACAAGAACAAGACAAGAAAGGCAUAGCUCAGAUGCCAGAAAACCAGACAAACAUCCUCGGACCCUGAAGGAUUACCAGAGUUUUACGUAAAGAUGAGGAAGUCAGAUAUUUUUGAUUUCCAUCUGGAGGCGGAUGACAGAACGGAGGAGGAGAAACAGAAGCAAAAAGCACCAAAGAAGGAUGGUUUGGGUUCUGCUUUAGGUUUGAGCAAAGAGGCCCCUAAAGCCCCCAUGGACACCGACUACCAGGAGGAAAUGGAGCCGGUCAAGCCUCAGAUCCGAUUCAAUCUCAAUUUUGACAAAGGGAUUCGAGGUGAGGCAUCACAGCCAAAGAGAGACAGCUCCACAUUCACCAUUGAGCGUCUGUUUGAAGCAGUGGCCAGCAGGGACGUCAACAAACUGGACGGCCUAUACCAGUACUUGCAUCAGAACAUGAAGAAACUCUCUGACUCUCUGUAUCAGACGUACGGUAAAACCGCCCUGAUGAAAGCUCUGCUGCACCUCAAAGAUGGCAAGAACGAAACCAUAGAGGAGCUGGUCAAAGUUUCAGAGAGGAUCGGUGACAUAAAAGAGUUUGUGAAUGCCGCCUUCACCGACAGCUACUAUAAAGGUCAGACUGCUCUACACAUAGCCAUUGAGAGGAGGAGUUUGUCCUACGUAAAGCUGCUGGUCAGCAAAGGUGCAGAUGUUCAUGCCAAAGCCUGUGGGAAGUUUUUUCAGCCUCAUGAUGGUCCCAACUUCUACUUUGGUGAGCUGCCCCUUUCUCUAGCAGCCUGCACAAACCAGCCUGACAUAGCGGAUGACAGAACGGAGGAGGAGAAACAGAAGCAAAAAGCACCAAAGAAGGAUGGUUUGGGUUCUGCUUUAGGUUUGAGCAAAGAGGCCCCUAAAGCCCCCAUGGACACCGACUACCAGGAGGAAAUGGAGCCGGUCAAGCCUCAGAUCCGAUUCAAUCUCAAUUUUGACAAAGGGAUUCGAGGUGAGGCAUCACAGCCAAAGAGAGACAGCUCCAUAUUCACCAUUGAGCGUCUGUUUGAAGCAGUGGCCAGCAGGGACGUCAACAAACUGGACGGCCUAUACCAGUACUUGCAUCAGAACAUGAAGAAACUCUCUGACUCUCUGUAUCAGACGUACGGUAAAACCGCCCUGAUGAAAGCUCUGCUGCACCUCAAAGAUGGCAAGAACGAAACCAUAGAGGAGCUGGUCAAAGUUUCAGAGAGGAUCGGUGACAUAAAAGAGUUUGUGAAUGCCGCCUUCACCGACAGCUACUAUAAAGGUCAGACUGCUCUACACAUAGCCAUUGAGAGGAGGAGUUUGUCCUACGUAAAGCUGCUGGUCAGCAAAGGUGCAGAUGUUCAUGCCAAAGCCUGUGGGAAGUUUUUUCAGCCUCAUGAUGGUCCCAACUUCUACUUUGACGCCUGGGAUUACCUGUAUGUUUUUGGCCAGCUGCUGACUUUACUUGCAAACUGCUAUUUCUUUGUCUUUGGGAUUAUAGAAAUGAAGAGGAAGAGGCCAAAGCUGCAGUCACUGCUGAUUGAUGGAUAUUAUGAGAUUCUCUUCUUCUCUCAGGGCUUGCUGUUCCUGGCCGCCACUGUUCUGUACUGGGCGGGGAGGCAGGAGUAUCUGGGCUUCCUGGUUAUCUGUCUGGCUCUCAGCUGGGUGAAUGUGCUCUACUACUCCAGGGGAGACAAACACAUGGGCAUCUACAGUGUCAUGAUACAGAAGAUGAUCCUCAGCGAUAUCCUGCGCUUCCUUUUUGUUUAUGUUGUUUUCCUCUUUGGAUUCUCAGCAGCCGUGGUCACACUCCUCAUACAACCUCCUCCUGAAAACACAACAGGAAAAGGGAGGCAAGGAUUGUUUGGUACUGCCAAACCCGACACGGAGUGUUUCACGCCCACCUACAGAAACAUCUCCUACACUACCCUGCAGCUCUUCAAGUUCACCAUAGGCAUGGGCGACAUGGAGUUCACCCAGGAUUACCAGUACAUGGAGGUGUUCUAUGUCCUUCUUAUUUUCUACAUCAUUCUCACCUACAUCCUGCUCCUCAACAUGCUUAUAGCCCUAAUGAGCCGCACAGUGGAAAAGAUCACCGAGGAGAGUGCCAGCAUUUGGAGGCUGCAGAGGGCUGUCACAAUCAUGGACAUGGAGAACAGACUACCCUGCUGUCUGAAGAACAGUUUUCGCUCUGGGGUGGAGAGGAAACUCGGCACCGCUUUUGGAGACGAUCGUCGAAGGUGUUUCAGGGUCGAGGAAAUGAACUGGAACAAAUGGAACACCAACCUGGUCAACAUCAGUGAGGAUCCAGGAUACUGUGAUCGGGGCCAGAAGCUUGAUUUGAACAGCACUUCCAGAGGAUUUAACAGAGGGAGGAGCUUGAGAGACAUUUUCAUGGAGGGCACUUGGAGAAGGAGUAGGAUGCCUCAGUCCACUGAGAUGAGCCCCCUGAAUAUAUGAAGACUUAAAAAUGGUCACACAGUCUGAAUGAUACAAGCAACAAGGCUUUCCGACUCAAACAUAUUAUUGUUGAACAGAGAACAGCUGGAACUGUUUCCUUAACUGACUUGCAGUGUUUGCGUUGUUGUAAAUAGAAUUUCAGAAGAAACAUUCAAGUAAUAUCAACAGUACCAAGGAAAAUGUUGAGGGUCUUUCUGUGUUUGAUGUCAAUAACUCUUAAAAAUUUACCUUUAGGCAUGCUUUAACAAGUUUUGCUUAAUCCUAGAUGAAAUGUUGUAUUUUUAAUUAAAAUGUCUUGCAAUGCGUAUGUCAACGAGCUGAUUUUGAACGCAAGCGGUGCAAAGGCGCCCCAACCUUCCUGCGCCUCUGGUGUGGCUUAAAAUCCAUCAUGGCGUUCUACUGAUCACCAAGGUGCUGAUCCUGCCUCUCCUGCUGGGUGCCCUUUAUGCAGGUCCCAUUUUCAUCACAGCCAGACAAGCUAAAUCUACUGCAGUCAGAUCAGGCCUGCAGAUUUCACAGCUUGCCUCCGUCUACUCGACUUCCUCUAGCCAUGAGGCAGAGGCAGGCCAGGAAAAAGGGCAUGAAAGCACAGCAAUCGGAGCAACAAUCGCCACCUUCGGCACCGGCUGACACAGUUACAAAUUAUACGUGCUCCAGACCUUUUUGUUCAGUCACUUCUUUGGCUGUGCGGCUCUCGUCGUAGUUUCCUUAUGUUAUGCAAAUAAAAGGUGAUCAUUUUGGCUUUUCAGAGAUGCAUUUGAACAUUUUUUGCCCAGUGUACUGACAAUAUA